CCCGUUGUCUCAAGCACUGUGGGCAUUCACCAUUGUUUUCUUAUGCUAUCAGGCCCGCCAUGUCGCCGACUCGAGGCUCCGCACCGCAGACGACUAUCUGGACACAUGUAUGGAGUUGUUGAAAUCACACAGCAAGAGCAAACCGUCCCCGGAACCCGGACUUGAGUGUCCCCAGUAUACGAAGAAGUCGUGCUGUAAGGCGGGUGUGACAGAGGAUUUUGAGACAAAGGAAAACUGGCAGAACAUCACCAGCUAUGUCCACUGUCCACAGAAGAGCAGUCUGUCACCGAUGUGUCACAAGAUGUUCUUUGAUGAACUCUGCUUUUUCCUGUGCUCACCUUAUAUUGGGCCGUGGAUUGCCCCCGCGACACAUGACGAACCUGUAACCGACCGCUUCACAGACGUUCCAUUGUGCGCCAGUGAGUGUAACUCGUGGUGGGAGGCAUGCAAAGGAGAAUAUACUUGUCACGAAAAUUGGUACACUGAUUUUGAUAGAGAUGAAAAUGGAUUAAACAUAUGCAAAGAGGGCGCUGAGUGUAGGACGUAUGAAGACGUGUACGGGACAGCUUUCCACUUUUGUGAAAUAAUUUGGGAUCAUUCUUUUAAGGUAGUCCCAGAUGAAGUGCCUUGCAUGAAAUUUACGUUCGAUCCUUCUGGCCCGGAUCCUAAUGAAGCGACGGCGAGAAUGGUCGCAGAGACAAGUGCAAAAAUGCACGAGGAACUGUGAUGACAGAGUCAUCGUCAGCUGAAGUGCUCCAAAAAUCUAGAAUUGUGAAUAAAAUGUUGGAGUUAAUGCCUGAGAAAUAUCCAUUUUUUCAAGAUAAUAAAGAUAAUUGUAAUGUUGAAUUGUAUUGGAUAUGCAUAGUAUGUGCUCUGUUAUGAUUUGAAAAAUAUAGAUCGAACAACUCUUUGCGGCAAUUUGUACAUGUACAUGAUAAAUUAUUUUUUAUACAAAACUAGAAUUGUUGUUUGGGUUUUCUAUUUACCUAUCACCUUGCUUGUUGUAGAAAAAAGAUAAUUAAGCAGCCUUGGUAGGGAAAAAGGACGGACGGACUAAAAGAAGUCUUUCCACAAAAUACUAUACAACGACCUUUAAGGUUUUAAGGCAUAUCCAGGCACUGUAAAACACCAAAGAUAAUUUGAAAUAUGCAAGUACAUGUAUUCCGAA